UGGAAUUGAACUGCUGCCUAUAAAAAGAGGAGGAAGAUAGGCAUCAUUGAUCAACCCGCAUAACAAAAUAGACGUAACUCGGAGGGGACAACGGUUGUCUUUGGCCAAAUCUCCAACUUGGUCAGAAAAACUGCGCGGGACGUGGCAGUAUCUUCACAACACUCUUUACCCUCCUCUUCUAAGCAAAGGGGCGUGGAGCGGCAUCCAGAGCGCGUCUCCCGUAAGGAGUCGGUAUUCCAGCAAAAGGGUAAAUUACCACAAAUCUUAAUACAACCAGGAUCCUGCAACAUCAUCCUUCUUCUCAAGAAUGACCUCAGAGCUGGUGGAUUUCUUCAUUGAGUAUUUGAUCUGAUACUGGAUUCCCUUCCAGCUACUACUUUGACCUUAAAAGUUGGCCAAUAAUUUUCAUUGCUCCUUUUUUUUUGUUUUAAAUAAUUACACUUAUAACAGUGUAUAGAUUCACAUAUUACGUUUUUAGAAGCUUUGAGCUUUAUAAGAAGAAGCAGAAAUGGCUGAAGUGAUGGAAGCAGUGGACAUUGCUGUGGUGGUAGUGUAUUUUCUCCUGGUGCUAGUCAUUGGUUUUCUCGCCAUGUGGAAAGCCAAUCGCAGCACUGUGAGUGGCUACUUCCUGGCUGGACGCUCCAUGACGUGGAUAGUGAUAGGUGCAUCCCUCUUUGUCAGUAACAUUGGCAGUGAACAUUUCAUUGGCUUAGCAGGGUCUGGGGCAGCGAGCGGCUUUGCUGUCGGAGCCUGGGAAUUCAACGCUCUCCUGCUGUUGCAACUGCUCGGCUGGGUGUUUAUCCCAGUUUAUAUCCACUCGGGAGUCUUCACAAUGCCUGCUUACCUGUCAAAACGCUUUGGUGGGAACAGGCUGAAGGUUUAUUUUGCUUGUUUGUCUGUGUUGAUUUACAUUUUCACAAAAUUAUCGGUAGACUUGUACGCUGGGGCGCUCUUCAUUCAAGAGUCCCUGGGGUGGAAUCUUUAUUUGUCCAUCGUUCUACUCAUCGGUAUGACUGCCUUACUCACUGUCACUGGUGGACUGGUGGCAGUGCUCUACACAGAUGCCCUCCAGGCAGUAUUGAUGAUCGGUGGAGCCCUAACCCUAACCAUCAUGAGCCUGAUAAAAGUUGGUGGGCUAGAGGGUGUCAGAACUAAGUACAUGCAGGCAGUUCCAAACGUUUCUGCCAUAAUCGCAUCUGGAAACUUCUCCUACUCCCCUUCUUGCCGCAUUGAGCCUAAACCCAACUCGUUAAGCAUCCUCCGCGGUCCGCUGGAUGAAGACAUCCCCUGGCCAGGCUUCAUUCUCGGACAGACUCCUGCAUCCAUUUGGUACUGGUGCGCCGACCAGGUCAUUGUUCAGAGAGUCCUGGCGGCAAAGAACAUUGUUCACGCAAAGUGCUCCACACUCAUGGCUGGAUUUCUCAAGAUCCUGCCCAUGUUUGUGAUUGUCAUUCCAGGUAUGAUCUCCCGCAUCAUGUUCGCAGAUGAGAUUGCCUGCAUUGGGCCAGAGCACUGCAUGUCCGUGUGUGGUUCUCAGGCCGGCUGCUCCAACAUUGCCUACCCACGUCUGGUCAUGGCAGUGAUGCCUGUGGGACUAAGAGGUCUCAUGAUGGCGGUCAUGAUCGCUGCUCUGAUGAGUGAUCUUGACUCCAUUUUCAACAGCGCAAGUACCAUCUUUACCCUGGAUAUCUACCAAACCCUUCGGAAGAAGGCGUCCCAACGUGAGCUACUGAUUGUGGGACGCCUGUUUGUUGUGGUCAUGGUGGUAAUCAGCAUUGCCUGGGUCCCUGUUAUCAUUGAAAUGCAAGGUGGACAGACAUAUCUGUACAUCCAGGAAGUCGCCGGCUACCUCACUCCACCAAUAGCUGCCCUCUUCCUGCUAGGUGUGUUCUGGAAACGAUGUAAUGAGAAAGGUGCCUUUUGGGGAGGCAUGACCGGUUUCACAUUGGGAACUAUUCGACUGAUCCUAGCUUUCAUUUACCGACAGCCUCCAUGUGACCAACCGGACAAUAGGCCUGCCUUCAUUAUCCAUGUUCACUAUAUGUAUUUUGCAGCGGGGCUCUUUUGGAUUUCAGGACUAGUGGCGGUUGUAGUGAGUCUCUGCACUUCACCACCAGACGAUGAGCGGGUCCGCUGCACCACCUUUUGGGGGCUCCGCAAUAUUAAAAGGGUUCCCUUGAAGAACAGAGAGGAAAUGUAUCGGCUAACUGACAAGGACCAUUACAACGGCACUGGAAGCCUUCACAAAGAGAUACCCACAGAUGUUAGAAAGGAGAGGUGGCUCGAUGGAGCCGAUGUGCAACUUAUCGCCCCAUCCACAGAUCAUGACCCGGCAACCCCGAGCACAGAAACAUCUCCCACCACCACCCCGGCCGAGCACCUGGGUAAUGGCAAAAUGGAGAUGAUGAUAGCAGAGGAAGGUUGCCACGGAGAAGGGGAGAGAAGUAGGUGCUUCCGUUUGCUAGAAUGUUUCUGUGGUUAUAAAGAUGGAGAACAGAGUGCCCAGCAGAAAGUGCUGCAGGAAGAUCCAAGUGUCAUCGCAGAGAUGCUUUAUGAGCCACCAAGAGUUAAGAUUUUCCUCAACGUAGGCCUGGCGUGCGUUUGCUCUGUGGGGAUCUUCAUGUUUGUUUAUUUCUCGCUGUAGCUCUGCCCGGCACUAUACCAUCUGGUGAUGAUGUUUUCGGCUGUUAUAAAAAGUUGAAUAAUCAAAGAUUUAAGAAGCAGUGUCUGUAAUAUUUACAGUAGUCUUUUAUAGCUUUCUAACAGGGAUCCAAGCUUGUUCUAAUCAUUAAAAAUGAUUAAAGCUCCUCCACAUUAAAAAAAUCGUAUGUGUAUGACAUAAUCAAAUUGUUGUUAACCAUGCUGAUUUUUAAAGUGAUUAUUCUAUAAGUGAAUUUAAUAUUUGCCUUAUUCUACAAAUGCACUUGUCGUUUUUUUUUUUUUUGUACUGUGACCAAGGAAAUACUGCGACUAAAGCUUUUUUUCCUUCCUUGUUGACAGGAACUGUAUUCUUAUUGGUUGGUUUAUGGAUAUUAUAGCACAUUUUAUUCUAUGAAUGGAUUGAAGUAUAAUCCAGCUCUUAUUUUUCUAAUAAGAGAUUAAAGAAAACAAAAUGACCACGAAGCAUUGUUUACUGCUGGUGUUACAAAUGUCAAUAUGUUUCAGUGAUUGUCACUGUGCAAAUAAAGCAUUUUUAUCAAGAUCAUUGCUACUGUUAGGUUGUAAGAAUUGUCAGUUUUCUGCAGACCAGUAAAACAAGAACAAAGAAGCACAAUGCUAUAAAUGUUCCCCCUUUUAUUUUAUUUUUUGUCAUCCCAAAUGAAAAUAUAUAUUGUACAUUCAGACUGGAUGUUCAGGCAGUUUUCACUGAUGACAAUCCUUUCUAUGUUUAAAAAGUGUGUUUAUGCUGUGUUUUCUAGUAGUGCUGUUUUUGUUUUGAUUAUUCAUUUUCUGUGGCUGCAUAUCUGUUUUUGUUCAUAGUCAACAAAGAGCUGCUUGCGCACUAUGAUAAUGCAAACAGCUAAAGGUGCCAAUGCCCAUGAUUCCGUAUCAGCUCAUGUUUUAUCUUAUCAGGUUUUGCAUCAUUGAAAGGCAUGUCAAGUAUUGUUACAAUAUGUUAACAUUGUGUACAAAUAUUUCAUGUCUCACUGCAUCUGCCAUUCCAUACAUUUUCCUCAUUCUUGUGUAUCUACUGAGCGUCGUUGUUCCUGUACACUGUCAUUCUCAGAUGUCAUAUAUUUCUCUUUGAGAUGCAUUUUCUAGAACUCUCCCACCAAACGUGUCUUCGAGUGCAAUGCUUAAUAGAAAAAAAACAAAACAAAUUUUGUUCCAAGCAUACUACAUUUUUUUAAAGCAGUGUCAUGAAUUAGUUUUGUCAAAAAUGUUUGUGUUUGCAUUAUUGCAUUACCUUAAUUUCCUGAGGGAGUCUUCCCAAGGGAUCAAUAAAGU